AUGCCUUGGGUGCAGCUGCUACUUCCUUUCACGGCAAAGUCUUGCGCCAGCAACAGCCUGCUGGAUCCCGCCCUCUUCUUCUUUCUCGCCCUCCUCUCGUCAUUCAGCCGUCCAACCGUCACCGUGGAUAUCGCGUCCCUGCUCAAAGCCUCCGACUCGGAAGAGUCUGCCGCGCCUCCGCCGCCGCUCACCCAGCAACAGCAGCAGCAACCGCUGCUCUUCACCCGGCCCGCGUCGAUCCCGCCGGGCCUACCCCAAGUUAUCACGACGGCGACCGCCGCCCCCGCCCACGGAUUGCCCCUGUAUGUGCCAUCUCAGGUAACACAUCAGCCGCCGCCCCCGCUCCCACAGGGGCCGCCGGUCGUCGGGGGCGGUGGCGGCGGCAGCAAGCGCGGGGCGUCCACGCACCCCACAGAGUCUCCUGCCAAGAAACAGAGCAAGUGGUCGCCGGACGAAGACGCCCUGAUCAUCGAACUCCGCGGUAGCGGCAUGAAGUGGGAGGAUAUUUCAAAACGCCUGCCCGGCCGGAGCGCCAUCAGCUGCCGCCUUCACUACCAGAAUUACCUCGAAAGACGCAGCGAGUGGGACGAGGAGAAGAAGACUAAGCUCGCGCGGCUGUACGAGAGGCUCAAACCCGAAAUGUGGGCCAAGCUCGCCGAAGAAAUGGCCGUUCCCUGGCGCGCUGCUGAGGCCAUGCACUGGCAGCUCGGGGAGGCAGACAUUGCUCGUCGUAACGGCGUCACGCCUUUCUCCCUAGCUGCUGUCAACGUGGAGCCAUCACAGCAGUCACAGCCGCCGCUCGCCGCUCGCAAUUCUCCAUCGAGGCAGCAGCACCAUCAUCAUCACCACCACGCUCACUCGCACUCGCAAGGCAGCAUUGCACCCCCGCCGCAAGCCAGGUUCCCGAGGGCUGGCGGAUACUCGCCGCUGACUGGCAGCCGGAGGCGUGAGAGCCUACCGCCGCCGCCGCCUCCCCAAGUGAUGCAGCAGAUGCACCAGUUGCACGAGCCUGGCCCGGGCCUGGCGCCGAUACAAAGUCGUGUUGGAGCCGGAGGAGGCAUUGGCGGAGGCGGUGCGCUACCCGGGCUUGCCGAACUCACGACGGGGGUUAGUCCCUACAGCACGCCGGCAUACGUAUUGGGUGGCUUGGGCCCGCCGGGGCGAAGUCCGGGGGCGAGCCCGCUCGGAACCGGUCUACAUUACAGCAUGGGGGAGGGGUUACCAGGUAUCAAGAGGAGGGCGAGUCCGGGCGGGGAGCUCCAGAGAGAGUCGAGCCGGAGGCGGAGGUGA